ACCAAGGACAAGGAGAGGGAGGGCGCGUACGCGCUGCCGCCGCCGCCGACGCGGAGCCGCAAGAUCAUCCAGAUGAAGCCGCCGGGGGACGCGGCCGCGCUCGCGAAAAGCGGAGCGGGAGGAGGAGUCGAAGAUGAAUGAGGAGUUUGGGGUGCUGAAGGAUAUGAUCCCCGCGUGUGUGGGGCAGGAGAUGCAUAAGCUGGCGAUUUUGCAGGCAAGCAUUGAUUACAUGCGGUAUCUGGAGCAGUGCGUCGUCGACCUGAAGGGCUCGCAUCGCUCGCGCCGGCCGUCGACCGCGCCGGUGUCGCCGCAGGAUACGCCGCCGGUCCAACGGCCUGAGGAUGAUGGCGAGGAUAUGGACGAGGACGACGACCAGGACGACGAAGAGAUGUCCGAUGCCGUGUCGCCGACCCAUAUCAACGCGCCAGCCGUGCACUUCCCACCACCGCCCUCCUCCACAACUUCUCCCGCUCUCUACCCCACAGACCGCAACCCCUCGGUCUACUCCGCGCACCCCUCGCCCGCCCUCCACGCCUCCGAUGUCCGCGCCGGCCACUACUCCCUCACCACCUCCCCAGCCCUCCGGCCCUCGGACCCGCACCACUACUCGCUGACCUCCUCGCUGCGAUCCACCGCCGCCUCGCCGUCCGUUCAGACAUCGCCUGCCUUCAGCGCACAGUCGGGUACUACGUUCCGGAAUCCGUUUUCGGGAUCUGUGUCGGGUCAGGGACAGGGUGGCCGAGACGCGUUUAGUCUGACGUCGCCGGCGCUAGGGCCGCAGCCUGAUGAGCGUGAUUGCGAGGAUCGGGAGGCGACGGAGGCGUUGCUGAUGUUGAAUACGGAUCGGAGGAGUUGGGGUGGGCGGGGGAUGAGUGUUAGGGAUUUGUUAAGUGGGUAGAGGGGAGAACGGGGUGUGUGGGCCGAAAAGUCAAGGGAAGCAAACGAGGAAGAUAGGAGGGGGUAGCCUGGGAUGAAAAUAUAAUGAUAUGCUGCAGGCGAUUAUUUGGGGUUAUUCUUGGCGUUGCGUGCUCUGAUAUGGGUGGGUGGGCUCGUGUCGUAUUUUGUCUAGGAGGUAUCUGUCGUUGCAAUAUUGCUCUCUUAUAGGGUAUUGGUGUAUUCGUGUUUGGGCUUCGAGGAGUGGUGCAAGAUGUAGAACAAUCUGUGGUAAGUAGAUAUGCGACUGCUUCUAGGCUGCGUUGAUCAGUAUAUUGCUCGUCCGGUGUUCCAUAU